ACAGCUAAAACAGCAUAAGUCGCUCUAUUGACUUUAGUUCACUGACCAAACCCCUUCACAACGAAAUCAGCAACUGCUUCCACGGCAGUUUCUACACUGAAUACAUCACACAGUACUGUACAGCCGUGACAAGACUCUUGAUCACACAAGCAUAACGAUCACUCGAAGACACGUAGGAAUUGUUAAAGAAGAUACAGGCUAUGUCUGAGAAGGACCCUAAAACAUCUCAGGACCUGACUGUUGUGGUACAGACCUUGCUGCAGCAGAUGCAGGACAAGUUCCAGACCAUGUCAGACCAGAUUAUUGGGCGAAUUGAUGAGAUGAGUACACGAAUCGAUGACUUGGAGAAGAACAUCUCUGAUCUCAUGACUCAGGCGGGUUUGGAGGAGUUAGAGGAGGACAUAAAAGUCACAGAGACCUCUGGAACAGCUUGAAGGCAAUGACCAACACCAUCCUAGUAGGUACUGCCAAGGAACCCAGUGAAGACCUUCUGCUGCAGUAUCAGCAUUUUUAAAUGAAAUGUGAAUUAAUACUUUUUUUAAGUAAUUCAUUAAAAAUGGUGCUUGCCUACAUGUAUUACAUAAUAUAUUACAUACUGUAAGGUUUAAAACUAUAUUACUGGACAGAAGAAAAACAUAUUAAAACUUGUUUUUGUAUUUAUUCAUUGUAAUCACUGGAAAAUCAUGUGAUUCCUGUUUUGCUGAUUAUUAAAAAUUCCAUGAAAUGGC